AUGAAGAACUGGAAAAGGGGUGAUAUCAAAAGGCUUGUUGGAAUGUAUCAUGAGGGUGAAAACUACUCUACGAUAGUUAACUGUCUUGAAAGUGUGGGGAAGACUGCUGAUACUAUGGAUGAAAUUAAAAUGCCACUUUUGAAGAUUGUUGCUGUUAGAAUUUGUAGUGAGCGUGGUAUUGAAACAGGUAUUGCUGAUGCUAGGGAAAAGUAUGUCGUUCUACGUGCGGAGGAUGUACUCUAUGGAAAAAUAUAUCCUAAACUCGGCUGGGAGCCUGUUGGAUGUGAAUACUACAGGGAAUGGUUGGUGAGGAAGUGUAAGGAAAGAAAUGAACUUAAUAAACUGAACCUGGAUGAAAAAAUUGCUGAUGCUAGAAUUAAGGUUGACCACUCGGGUGGUGUGUCUGAUAAAGUGCGGGAAGAGUAUGGGUAUAUCUAUGGAAGCUCUUGCAGAAACUGCGGUAACCGUUUCAUAUCAGGGUCUAAUGAGAUACGCGACCGUUGUAAACGGAGAAUAUGUGGUGGUUGCUCUAAAGUUACUACCCCAAAGUUGGGAUGUGUGAGGUCACAUUCAAGGGGACAAGCCUGUGAUUUCCGUGGUAGGUAUAAGGGUUACGACUGCUUUACGAGUGGACCAGCGACGGGGUACGGUGGGGGCUGA